AUGUCACGGCACACUAGUGUGCCGCGGCACAAUGGUUGAAAAACACUGUUCUAGGUUACUGUUUCUUUUUCUCAACUAGUUUAAUAGUGUCUCACCAUUCCAAUUGCAUCUAAUGGCCUCUAAGCAUUUCUUUUCUCCUGUAGCUUUUUUUUUAUUUAAAGUUUCUUUUCUGCUUUUGCAAAUUAUAGGAUUGCCCUUAUUUGCUUGUAUAUUCUUAUACAUAUACUUUCAUUUUACAUAAAUGGAACUAUGCCUAAAUAUUUGAAAAAGAACAAAUGUGUAAGAUGUUGACAUCUGAUAGAUUCUUUUUCAGGUUGUAACUAGUUAGUAAAUGAGCCAAUCAGUCCUUUCCAGGUUCUGCCAUCAUCUAUACCCCCAAACUUUUUAAUAACUUUCAACUUAUUUCACAUUCCUUGGCAGCUAUGAGUAUGCUUUUCCUAGUUAGCAUGGAAACCUUGCUCUUCCUUUCUCAGGAUUUUUUAACUUCUAAAAACAAAGAUAUGGAUGAUGAAGUUUUAAAUAAAAACAGCACCAAGAAAAUAAUUUUAAAGGAUCGGCAAUAACUAAUGGCUCUUACAUUCAUGACAUGAUUACCCAUGGUUAACAACCAUGAUUUAUACAAUCCAUUUUGUUUUAUAAGAAUAAAUUGAUCACACAGCUUGGUUCACAUUAAAAUAGAUUAAAAUGUAGCUGUUAAAUUGAAGGACAGGAGAUUAUGCAAACAAAAGUGUUAACAUACAUUAAUCUUCUUUAUGACAUUAAAAAAAAUCAAAUAAUCAAACUGGCCUUUCAAUGUAAUUCUAUAUUUAAAGCAGCAGCAAAUUUAGUAACUCGGGACCCAUGGCAAGUCUUCACCAGGCCAGAGUGGAAUGGAUUUAAAGCAGGAAUCCAAUUGGGCCUCUAUCAAUGGCUCAAAUAAAGUAAACAAAAAUCCAGAAACAAGUUGUUUGCCAAGGCAGGGAGAUCAAAGAGAAGAGAGUUGGUAGAACUGUGCAAGAAAGGAGAGUGUGUGUGUGUUCCAAAGGGUAACUAAAGAAUUGGGAAUGGGGGGGGGGGGCAAACAACCAGCAGAAGUAAUUGGGGAAAAAGUAGUUUGUUGAUUUCUUCUGAAUAAAGGGAUACUUCAUUCUAGGUCGAUGUUUGAUGGUCAAAGGCUCAAGGUUUUUGGUAAACAAGUGAUAAGAAAGUAAGGUAUUCUGUUGAGCAGUGCGUCCAAUAGAAAGGACACCUACAGAAUAGCACAAUGGAAGCUGGUAUUUUCCAGAUAUACAGCAGCGAAAAUUACGGCUAGUUUGUUCCUUCUGAAUUUACUUUCUAUGUGACAUGUGGAAUUUCAAUUCCCAAAUAGAUAUAUAUAUAUAAAUCCCACCUUCCCAUUUUUGAGUAUACAUGUUUAUUUAGUCAAUAUUUUAUCCUGCCUUUUUACUUUAUAAGUAAGCCAAGGAGUGGACAUACCUAAUAUUUCUUCCUAGUUUCUCCACAAUGACACUGUGAUUAGAUACCACUUACAAUAUUUGUUCAUAAUGCAAAGAAAACAUUUAAAAAAUAAAAAAACAAGCACAUUUCCAUGUCAAAAUGUUGGCACAGCCCUCAAUAUUUUACCACAAAGGAUAAAAUAUAAGGCUAUUCUGUGGGUGAGCAUUUUGAAGUUUUGAGCCUUUUUAAAUCUGUAAACUAACUAGAUUUGACGCUCCCCUCCCUUUCCAGGUAUUUUUUAUUGAAGAAUCAAGAAGCCUGUCAGAAUAGGUGGAAACACGUAUUAAGCGAAUUUUUGACUUUUGAACUAUUGAAAUUUGUAUUUUGAAUAUUUCAAAAUACAUUUUUGAAUUGUAUUGUGGGUACAUCAGGAAUUGGUGAUAGUAAAUGAGAUACUUGUAAAAUAAUUUCUCCAAGUCCGUUUCGAAGCACUGGGCUUUUCAUUUAAGUAGGUAUAUACAGCCUAAAGAUGUUAGACUUUUAUCUCCAAUUCUUUUCAAAUAAGAUUAGGUGCCCUAAAUUUUCAUGGGAAAGUGACGGGUUUUAUACGCAUUACCUGUAGAACAAUGCCACCCAUCUAAUGGCAUGUAUCAACUGCCUUGUUCAUUGCGAUCAUUAUUCUUUCGCCCAGGGUUAUGCCAAGGCCGAGCAGCCAUCGGUGGGAAUCGCGCGACCAGAGUCAUUAAUAAUGUAUCCAGGACGGGGGAAGGGCGGGAAACACGAAGCAUUGGAGCGAGGAGGGGACCAGCCACUCCAGCCGACUCCUUUGCCCGCAACAUUCAGCGCAAAACUCCGCCCUUCCAACUAAAGGAUUGAGAGGGCAGUAUUUUAAUUUAGGAGAGUGGGCCGCCUCAUUGGUCGGGGAAGAACAGGCGGGGCGAAUUCUGUCCAAUAGAAGCGAGUGAAGGAAUGAAGGGUAGGGCUUCAACCUGAAUGACAGCUCGGGAGAUAAACAAGUCCCUGCGCGAGACUUCUCCAUUAGCCGAGCUCCGUAGUCCAGUUUUUCCCUCCAGAAGGCGGCAGCUGGUGGCGGGCCAAGGGAAUAAACUCGUAUCCCGGUUUCUCUACUGAGCCAUCCGCGACUCGUUCACAACGUGAAGAGUCAGCAACUUCCCAGCACCCACUCAGCAAUAAUCGAGGGAGCGCGCCACAACGCGCAGGCGCUUGCUAGCUAAGGUACUGCAAGAGACUCUGGGCCUUGUAGUUCCGGCAUUCCCAGUCUUCCCCAAGCGCCUGCGAAUUCGCGCCUCCAUCACUACUACCUGACCCAGAAGCCCUUGCGACUCUAACUCUUGGAAGCCGUGGUUGAAGCGGGUGGCGGCUGAGGGGACUCCCCCCAAUCUCCCCCCCCCCCAAAAAAACCCAAAACAAGGAAAUGGUGCCCAGUAUGGUAGCCUCGUGCCCUUGCGCUUGAACACUGCCGGUCCCGCCGCCGCCGCCUUCCCCGUUGUCCACCUCCCUCUCUUCCUUCUCUAGUCGCUCCUUCCAUGGGUGAAAGACAUGGACUACGAGUUCAAAUCCAAGCUGGCGGCCGAGCGCGAGCGGGUGGAGGAUCUAUUCGAGUACGAGGGCUGCAAAGUCGGGCGAGGCACCUACGGGCACGUCUACAAAGCGCGGCGCAAGGACGGCUUUUGAGAGAACUGAAGCACCCUAAUGUGAUUGCAUUACAGAAGGUUUUCCUUUCUCAUAGUGAUAGAAAGGUGUGGCUGCUGUUUGAUUAUGCUGAACAUGAUUUGUGGCAUAUUAUCAAGUUUCACCGUGCCUCAAAAGCAAACAAAAAACCCAUGCAACUGCCAAGAUCUAUGGUCAAAUCACUACUUUAUCAGAUUCUUGAUGGAAUCCAUUAUCUCCAUGCAAACUGGGUGCUUCACAGAGACUUAAAACCAGCAAAUAUUCUAGUAAUGGGAGAAGGUCCUGAAAGAGGAAGAGUUAAAAUAGCUGAUAUGGGUUUUGCAAGGCUAUUCAAUUCUCCUCUGAAGCCCCUGGCAGACCUUGACCCAGUUGUCGUGACAUUUUGGUAUAGAGCUCCAGAAUUGUUACUUGGGGCACGGCACUACACUAAGGCAAUUGAUAUAUGGGCUAUUGGCUGUAUAUUUGCUGAGUUAUUGACUUCAGAACCUAUAUUUCACUGUCGUCAGGAAGACAUCAAAACAAGCAAUCCUUUUCAUCAUGAUCAGCUUGAUCGCAUAUUUAGUGUCAUGGGAUUUCCUGCAGAUAAAGACUGGGAAGACAUUAGGAAAAUGCCAGAGUAUCCUACACUUCAAAAAGAUUUUAGAAGAACAACAUAUGCCAAUAGUAGCCUCCUCAAAUACAUGGAAAAACACAAAGUUAAGCCUGAUAGCAAAGUAUUCCUUUUGCUUCAAAAACUUCUGACUAUGGAUCCGACUAAAAGAAUUACCUCAGAGCAAGCUUUGCAGGAUCCUUACUUCCAGGAAGACCCAUUGCCUACAUCAGAUGUUUUUGCUGGUUGCCAGAUUCCAUAUCCCAAACGAGAAUUUCUUAAUGAAGAUGAGCCAGAGGAAAAAGGUGAUAAGAAUCAACAGCAGCAGAACCAACAUCAGCAACAAACAGGACCUCAACAGCAACAGCAAGCAGCACCUCAGCAGCCGCAGCAACCACAGCCGCAAGCAGCACCUCAACAGCAAAACAGCACCCAAACCAAUGGAACUGCGGGGGGUGGCGGGACAGGAGGUGGCGGGACUGGGGCAGGUCUCCAGCACAGCCAGGACUCCGGCCUCAACCAGGUGCCUCCAAACAAGAAACCACGCCUUGGGCCUUCAGGCACGAAUUCAGGCGGGCCUGUCAUGCCUUCAGACUAUCAACACUCCAGUUCACGCCUGAGUUACCAAAGCAACAUUCAGGGAUCUUCUCAGUCCCAGAAUACAAUGGGCUAUUCAACAUCAUCUCAGCAGAGUUCUCAGUACCAUCCGUCCCACCAAUCUCACCGGUACUAAAGAGACUUCAUAAAGGGUGUUAGAAAGGAAUGAACUAACAAUGAGUGGACUCCAGCAAUAUGAAGUUCAUAACCAUGAGAAGAACCAAAAAAAAAUGCAAAUUGUGAUGCAGAUUUUAGAAUUACAAACUUUUUAUUUACUAAUUAUUUUAAAACAAGAGACAGUUUUUAUCCUUUUUUGCCAUAAAGGAGAUUCUUGUGAAGUUUCCCUUCAGCUUGCUUUCGCAUGUGUUCCAUUGUGGUUACUCGAUCUGAUCUGAACCAAGCACUUAAACUUCUUUAACCUAUGGAAUUGUUGAAGGAUUCCUGGUGCACCUUUCUCGUGUUGUAGUAAUUGCCAUAAAUCUAACCUUUUCCAAAUCCUUUUACCAGGAUUUUAAAUUUUUGGAAUCUUGAACUCCUGGGCUUUUCAAGCGUGUAUAUAGUUAAUUUUUUUACUAGGCAGACCAGUUUAGCUAUACAGGUAUAAUGCACCUUUUAAAAGCACUAUGUUAUUUUCACAGGAUAUUACUCUUUUGCUCAUGGAUGUCAAGAACAGCAGAUUUUACUAUUCCAGAGUAUUUUAUUAUCUUUUUAGUAGUCUAGUUUUCAGAUGAGAUAUUUAAAAAAAAGAAGAAAAGAAAAAUAUUCAACCCAAGUCUCUGCAGCAGCUAUUACAUGUUAUGUGUUUGGAUUGAACACCAAACAGAAGAUUAUGAAUGUUUCUUUUAUCAUUCAGAUGAGCAUCCCAUAGAUGAUUGGUCAUUUUCUUCCAAGUGAAUUGACUGAAGCUUUGCUUUAUAUUAAGGUAUGGAAGCAAAGCAGAAGACAUCAACUUUUGUGGUUCCAGUAGAACAAAUUUGUCUAUAGUGUCUUCUUUAGUGGUUAUCUGUUACCUGCAGUGGUGUCUUUGCUCUGUGUUGAAUCUCUACAAUAGGGGUUCAGCAUCAAUGGGAUAAAGAGCAAAGGAGGCUUUGCCACUCCUUUGGGAGGCCGGGUAGAGGGACAAAGUGUACUCUAAUAUAUAUGUGCAUCUUUCAUUUGUUUCUUACCUAGACUUUGAGUGAAUUUUGAUUUUUGAAACUUGCAGCAAAAACAAACAAAAUGUGCUGUGGCACCUUAAAAGACUAAUAAUUUUGUUCUUGCAUUGGUAUCUGCCUAGUUGCAGAAGACUUGCAAUCAUGAACCUUGAGAAGCCAUUAUUGAUGUUGCUGUUAUUCCUUCAUUAUCCAGUUGAAGCAGAUCAAAUACUGAAAAAGAAGUAGCUGAACAAUGUAUUGAAGUUGCUUGGCCUUCUCAUGUACAAUACACAUCUGGUGUUGUUGUGUCACUGCAGUGAUUGAUCCAGAUUAGAUGUGAUAGAUAAGAUAUGCUAUACUGAAAUGUUUUUUUUAAAUCCUAAAACAGGAAUAGACUCCAUGCUAUUCUUCCAGUGUUUUGGACUAUAAUCCUUGCCAUUGGCUGUGCUAGCUAAGAUGAUUAAGAAUGAAGGUUCAGGACACCUGAACGAGGGCACUAGAUUGCCUGUCUCUGCCCUAAGAUUUGACUUGAAGUGUCCUGAAGUAAUAUUGUGAUCCUGGACAAGCACUUCACAUGAAAAAUAACAAAGCUUAUGAACAGAUCCUAUAUGUUGGAGACUUGUUGUCUAAUUACUAGUUAUAGUAUCUGUGAACAGAAGCAACAUAGACUAUGAAGCAACUCCUCCCCCAUCUAUUUCUUUAAAAAACUACAUAAAUAAAGUAGUGUGCUUUAUUCAGAAAUCUAGAAUUCAUCGUUGAAUUCACCAUAUUCUGACUUUUUUUUAAACUAGAUUUUCUGUCUUUCUAUGUAUGAAUAUAACAUAAACUAAACAUUUCUUAGUUAACAUUUUAGAAUGUGAAGGAAUGCGACUGAAUAGGGUUUUCCAGGGGUAAUCACUAUUACUUCCCCACAACUACUUAAAGUGGAAUAAUUAGAUAUCAAUGCAAAUUUGUGUUGUUUGUACAAAUUGUAGAAUUCAAUUUCCUUGUGUGGAAUUUGGCUCAUUAUGGUGUGGAAGCUUUUUAAGCAUACAAGGCCCUAACUUUAUUGCACUAAAUGUAAAAGGAUAUAUACUUUAGAGUAUAUACAAUAAGCAGCACUCAGUAUUUUAAAAAUAAUUAUUAAAAAAAAGAUAUGGAGGAAGAAACCAGGUUAUAUAGGCAUUUUAUGGGCAUUUACACUAUACAGCAUAAGCUUAUGCCUCGUGGUUUUUUCUUCUUUUUAUAUAUAAGAACCUUUUAACAAAAGUUAAAACUUUAUACUAAGACUGCAAUAUAAAUUUUUGUUGGGUAUGUUUGCCGCUUUGAGAUAUUCAUAAAAAUAAUAAAGGCGGGAUAUAAAUAAACAAAUAGUAAUAAAAAAAAUUAGACAGUGGAUCCAGUUGCUUGGAGGGGAAAAUUUGAUUUUAAGUGUAAUAGAGGUGUCGGAUUCAUGAAAUAACAAGGAAUUUAUUUUAGAAGAAAUAUAACUGGAUCUUUCCCCCCCAAAUUUUUUUUUAAUUUUUUUUGUAAUAUUUAGCACAUCAAUCAUGUGUCUAAAUUAGUUUUGUUGGAUGGAGUUUGUGUCUUCCAUACAAAUCUUCAGUGAAAACAUUCCUUUUCUUUCAUACGUCUCCAAUUUUAUCUGUCUUACUGCAUUCAAGCUAAUAUCUGGUCAGAAGCUGAGAAGAUUAUUAAAUUUCAUUUUGACCAGCUUAUGAGCAACCACUUUUCUUUUUGCUACUCCAGCCUUUUUCUUGUUGCAAUUGCAACUAUUGUGAGCUCUGUCAAAAUAUAGCUUCCUCUGUGCAUGCAGUGUGAUAACCUGUGUUGAAUGUGCUUUAUUUCCAUGAGCUUCCGAUCCCCUUGAAUAUGGCCAUGUUUAUACUCUGUAUUCAUAUAUUUGCAUAUUUGCUGGAAAAUAAUGGCUUGCUGUGCUCCAUUUCCCUGCAAUGUCUGUGCAUACAUAUGUAGCUGUGCUCAAUACUUCAUGGCCUUCCAAAUAAGCAUUGACAGGGGAAUAGAUGAAAGUAUAGGUUUACACUUUUGAAAUGUUUACUGCACUCAUUCUCUAUUUGUAUCUUGGCUUUGCGGCAUACUUGGCCUAUAGGAGUGAACUAUUUGUGUAUAAUAUGAUGAGUGUCUCAUGCAUUGCAGGGCUAAAGUGAGAUAGCUUUGUUUCAGGGGAAUUUAACAAAUCAAAAUACAUUGUAUAAUAAAUCAUGUGUUGUAUGUUAUGGAAACAGGAACCAGAAAUGUUCAUAACUGUGCAGCUUUGUUUUAAACCUAGUGUUUUCAUGUCGCUAUCUCAUUGGCUCUUGGAAGUGGACAUCAAGCAAUUGACCAGUUUUGCUACAGCAUUCUGCAGUGCUUCUCUUCUCUGGUUUUCAAAGAAAAGGGCCAAGAAAAUUGGAUUAGCAAAGCAGGGAUGACAUGAACGGUAACACAGACUGCGUAAUGAAGGAAGAAUCAUGUGAAACCUGCAAGUCCUGCACUGUAUCUGUGACACUGUACCUGGUUGGGGAGGGAGCCGGGGAGGGGGGAGAUUGGGAGGACAUCUUGUUGUUAGGGAAGUGGAAGCUUGAAGUAUUUGAUUAUGUAUAAUAUUUUAUAUAAACGUAAUAAGCUUAGUUCCCCUUCAUAAUCUUCAUUGAUGGUACUUAAGCAACAUUAAGUAAAGAUAACUGUUUUAAGACAAAAAUAAACAUACUGUAUAUAAGAUCAUGUGUAAUCUUUGUUUUGCCAUCAGAGUAAUAUGUAUUGCUUUAUUGGACCGGGGGGGAGUCUUUUAAUGCACUGUUAUCUCCUACAUAUUUAGUAAUAAAUUAAUUCUAUUUAAUUUGUUUUUUCAAAAAAAUAUCUGUCUUCAGUAGACACUAAAAAGUAUUACGUAAUGUGGACUGAAAGUGUCCCUUUUGAACAGCAGUUUAAUAAUUUUUAUAUCUGUAAGUAGUUUGUCUUUUUGUUUGUUUUAUUUGCUCAUGUAUUACUAUUUGUGGAAGAUUGCCUGCCUUCAAUUUUAUGCAUUACUUCACAUAUUCAUCUUUAGUUCUUGCAUUUGUUUUUGUUAUAUCCUUUUGUGUCCUCUUUAAUGUCUCUUCAGUUCAGUAAUAAUCCAUGAUUACCAAUGUAGUUUUUGCCUGUUGAAGAUGUGGAUGGAUGGAUAGACAGACAAUUAGACAGUUGCAGUAGAUAUUUCAAUGUCCCCAGUGGAGAAUUGUAUUUUCACUUGUUAAUAUUCCAUGCCACAUUCACACUUAAAUAGAAAUGAUUACAUCACUAUAUUUUUCAUCAGUAAAGUGUUAUUGAGGCAAACCUUUUUUUCUCUAAUCUUUGUGUCCCCCCAGUCUUUUGAGA